UUCCCAUGAGAUUGACGUUCGAAAUCCAGAAGGAUUUUUUUAUUUUUUGCGGACCACCCGCCUCCCUUGGCAUCUCUUGCCGCGUGCCCUAGCUCUGCGAUUUUUCGCGUCCUAGCCGCUUGUGCCAAGCAUUUGCACGGGCCUUCCGCUCUCGUCGGCGAAGCUAUUGUCGGGUAAAUCUCGCAUUGAGGCUCCUCCACCUUGCCAGUCCUAGCCCCCUUUCACGUGAAGCCCUCGCGAGAUCCCAGAUCUCUCGCCUCUCCUUUGGUUGCUCGCGACCGAAACCCUCGGCUACCCCUUCCACCGUAGAAUCCUCCUCCGACGUGCGAGCAUCCCGCUGGCAUUUCACGGAUUGUCGUCGCCUCUUUCGCACGCAGGACUGAGGGACAAGCUUCUCCACCAAGCACCUUGCCGACCUUCAUUUCCUGGUGGUCGGUAACCUCUCCAGAGUGCCUCACCGUGGACCGAACACCGACGACAUCACAACGCGAAAGCGUGGGCUUCCUCUCUCCUUUUGAGCAGAGCUUCUUCUCCGACUUCGCCAAACAACAAACAACCAACACGACAGAAAGAAGGAAAAUGUCGGAUUCAGAAGUCAAAGUGACUCGCAGGCAAAAGAGAAAAACAAAGAAGAGGGUACAAUCAGAUUUAGAUUGUAACACCAGCGAGAAACAUGCCAAUACUGCAGGUGAAGUGCAGGAAUUGGAUGCUGAGCUUGACUUGAGUGGACUCUCCAUGGCAGAAAAGCUUGCUAGGGUUGAGUUGAUCGGUGAUGGUGAAGCCAAAAAUGCUACUGAGACGGAAGCGCCUCCCCCUACAACCAUUCCAACUGCUGAUUCCUUGCAUGUUUUGUUGAAGCAAGCAAUUCAUGCUCAAGAUCAUGCAUUACUGGUGGAGUGUUUGUCCACUACUGAUGGAAAGGUUAUCACAAAUUCAACUGCACUUCUCAAUCCCUCAGAUGUUCUCAUGCUUUUGAAAUCCCUUUUGUCUCUGAUUGAAUCAAGAGGUUCACUUCUGAUACAUGCAAUUCCAUGGCUAAGAAGUCUUCUUCUUCAACAUGCAAGUUGCAUAGCAUCACAGGAAUCAUCCUUUCUCAUUCUGAACUCUUUUUGCCAGCUUAUCGAUGCGAGGAUUUCAACAUACCAAACUGCUCUUCAGUUAUCAGCUUCUUUGGAUUGUCUUUGUGCUAAGAUUCCUGAAGCUGAAGAGAGCUCUUCUCCAGUGGUAAUCUAUGAGGAUAAUGAUAGUGAUGAAGAGGAAGAGUACGAUGAGACGAUGGAGAUCGAUGAGGAAAGCGAUGGGCUCGGGGAUGUGAUUGAUUCAGCACAUAAUUCUGAUGGAAGUGAUAUCAUGAGUGAUUGAAUGGGCCAAAGCAUUCUCAGUUCGAUGGCCAAGUUAUGGUGGUUUGAUUUCAGUGAAAAGGAUGAUUCAUAUGUUCAUUCAAGUUUGAAAAUCGUUGUGAUAAUUGUGAUAAUAAUAAUAUUAUUAUUAUUUAUUUGAGAAAGUAUUAGAAAAUGAUUUUAUUGGACAACAUUGUAUCAGAUUCAGGAGCCGUCUGGACACAAUUCUCGGUCUCUGAUUCAGAAUCAAACUCGAGUAGAACUAGAUGUUUUCAUCCCAUAUUUAUCAUGAAUUAUAUGCGUCUGUAGGAGUGUUGUUGGUUACUCCAUGAAUCCAGCAAAUGAAAGUAAAUGCUACAGCUGCGGCUACUGUAGGCAGGAAUCCAGGCAAAUGAGGGGUAGAUGCUACUGCUGUGGCUGCCAUAGGCAGGAAUUCUGGUAAAGGAAGGUUGAUACCA